AUGGGAAAGAUUGAAAUGAUUAUACUAUUUUUGUGUUACUUGUCAUUCCCUAACCUGACUGUAAGUUUAGAAUCAAGUGCAACAACUUACAGUGAAAUGUCAGCAUCGACAAAGAUAUCAAUUACACCUUCAGUAUCAAAUGUGACAAGUACAAUAACAACGCAACCACUUACGAAAGAAAUUUAUUCAACAGAAGGAUUAACAUCCGCAGGAAUAACAACAUCACCCACAACAGAAGGCAUACAGACAUCAGCAUCGUUAGUAGUAAUACCUACAGCAACAUCAUUAUUAGGAAUAACAACAGCCGCAAUAAGAGAAGGGACAGCAACAUUAUCAACAGCGACAAUAGCUGUAGAAAAUGUUACAGCGGCAGAAAAUAUAACAUUCGCAAAUCAGACCUCUACAACUAAAUCAGAUGUAUUAACAACGUCAACAACAACCACAACAUCAAAUUCGAAACUUACAAUUGUAACAACAAGAACAACUAUGUCAACAACACCAACAAAAACAUCUCAAACUGAAGCUACCACAAACACCAUUACAACACAGGUAACAACUGCAUCAGCAAGCAGCAAAGCGUAUGAUGGUAUAGAAGCAGUGGCUGGUAUUUCUAUCGUAGUAGUCAGUAUAGUUAUUAUUCUGAUUAUUGCAUUUCUCGCACGAUUUGAGAGACAAAAAGAAAAAUUACAGGCAAUGACUUCACAUAACAAUGAAGCUUUUGAAAUGACUGACAAAAAUAAGUGA